AUGUUUUAAAAAAAAAAAAAAAAAAUGGAGCUAGAAGUGGGCGUGUCAGAAGGAGAGGAAGAGGGGGGUAUAGAGAGGGAUAAAGUCAGAGAAAGCAAGAGGAGAGAGAGAGAGAGAGAGAGAGAGAGAGAGAGAGAUGGUCUGAUUUGUUUGGUGAUCAGAGCCAAUAGAAAUCCUGCGGUUUGAUAAGAUCCACAUGCGGGUGACGGAGAAGAGCCAGAAACAAGAGUUCAAACACAGCAGGGAGAGGGAGAGAGAGAGAGAGAGAGAGAGAGAGAGAGAGGAGAAGAGUGACUCAGAGAGACAGAUAGAAAAGCUCCAUCCCACUGAGCAGGACAGAAAGUGUGCAGAAGAACACUCUUGAAGUUCUCCUCCAACUUCUGGGGACACAGAGGCAUCGCUUCAGAGACACGUCCUGAUCCUGACAAAUCCUCCUUCUUCCAUGGGCAUCAGAGCAGCUUUCAGUCCACGACGCAUACACACACCAGCACCCUCACCCUAACCACUACCGGAAUACACACACACACACACACACACACACACACACACACACACACACACACACACACACACACACACACGCUGAGAACUGGACCACUGCAGUCGAGAGGAUGUGCUGUAAGCUGCUGUUUUGGGUUCUCUUGGCCGGUGUGCUGUGUGCCGCAUCUGAGAGUCGCAAGAAUCGGCCGCAAGGUUCAAUCCCGUCGCUCUACAAAACCAGCUCAAACACAUCUGAUCGCCGUGGACGGAAACAGGAAGUGCUGGCCUCCAGUCAGGAAGCCCUGGUGGUGACUGAGAGGAAGUACCUGAAGAGCGACUGGUGCAAGACGCAGCCUCUGCGGCAAACCGUGAACCAUGAGGGCUGCCUGAGCCGCACCGUCAUCAACCGCUUCUGCUACGGCCAGUGCAACUCUUUCUACAUCCCACGGCACGUGAAGAAGGAGCAGGAGUCAUUCCAGUCGUGUGCCUUUUGCCGGCCGCACCGCUUCACUACGCUGACUGUGGAGCUGGACUGCCCCGACCUGCAGCCACCGUUCCGGCACCGGAAGAUCCAGCGGGUCAAACAGUGCCGGUGUAUUUCUGUUAACGUGGCUGAAUCUGGGAAACAGUAGAACUGAAAGACUAUGGCAGCCUGCCUGGGUUAGACAAAAGAAAUACAUAUAUUAAAAAAAACAAAUAUAUGAGACAAACUUUUUCGUAGAAUUUGGUACCUAAUAUAGGCAGAAUCAAAAGCUGCUAAUAUUUUGAGAUGUCUGGAGUUGUCCAUAUAAAGGACAGCUUUUAUUGGUUUAGUUCUUGUCACGUGUUUUUUUUUGUGUUGUAUAAAGUUCGUAUCUCAAGACUUAUGCUUUCUGGAAGGACAAAAAGAAAACGAGACUGAGAAGGAGAAGAACUAAACGACACCUUUCUCUAAUGCUGCCUAUAACCACCUGGCCCACACAUUCUUGGACAGAAAUGCCACCCCUGUAGGAAAAAAAAAAAAGAAAAAAAAAGCUGCUGAAAAAGUAAAGCACAGUAUCUGAGUUGCGUUUGGAUCUUGUCCUAGUCUGAUCCCUCUGCAGCAUCAGA